GGAGGCCAAAAUGAUAAAAUUGCAGAUCUUGCUGUGUUUGUCUGGCAUCAAAAAUCACUCUGUCCCAUCCUCUCAUGGCUGGCAUCACCUUCAGGACUGAUUGGCUCUCUCUCUUUGCAUGGCAGGGCAGGAGAGCACCAAAGGAUGAACUCCCUGGUCACGACCUCCCACCUCCAGCUUGCUGCCUUUGCUCUGGGCACCAUAGGCUGGAUCCUGUGCACUGUUUCAAUGGGAAUUGUGGAAUGGAGAGUGUGGCAUGUGGACAACACCACUGUCAUCUCCUCUGGCAUUGCCUGGGUGGGGAUUUGGAAAGUCUGCUUCAUCAGUUACCUUUACGUCUCACCUGGCUACAGAGAACAGUUUUGCCAUAAAUUCAGUGGCUAUGACUCCUUCAUCCCCCAUGAAAUUUACGCUGCUCAGGGUCUCCUGUUGAUUGCCAUGUUCAUGGGCUUGCUGGGACUGGCUGCUACAAUAUUUGCUCUGAGAAAUAUCUAUAUGGGAGUCACUCACAAACCUCUCAUUGCCCCGUUCUUCCUGGUGGGGGGUUUCUUCUACAUAUCUGCUGGUGUGUGUGUCCUGAUUCCCGUGAGCUGGAAUUUCUAUUCUGUAACUCACAACCAGAGCAUAGCUUUUCCUCCUUCUUACUACAUGCCCUCCAGUCCAGCAGCACAGGAAGCUGGUGCUGCCAUUCCUGUUGGGAUUGUGGCUGUCAUCCUCCUGCUGCUAAGUGGGACAUUUUCUCUCUCAUACAGAUUUCCCAUGACUGCAAACACUAUCAUGAAAUCCUGACGGGACAAAUCCCCCCAUGCU